UUUAUAUUUUCUGGACAGCCUCUGCAUCAGCUAUUGGUUCCAUUUCUGUUUGAGAAAUACUGCAUCUCUUCUCCCUCACUCGCUCAACACCUCACUCAGCUGCUCCUUUCUCAAGUCUCAACCAGACCAAACAUGUUUUUCCACAUAGUAUUAGAGAGAAACAUGCAGCUUCAUCCCCGUCACUUCGGCCGUGAUCUUCGCGAAAAACUCGUCUCCAAACUCAUGAAAGAUGUAGAAGGCACUUGCAGUGGUCGGCACGGUUUCAUAGUGGCGAUUACUGGGAUCGAAAGCGUUGGGAAAGGUUUAAUUCGUGACGGGACGGGUUUUGUUACGUUCCCAGUGAAGUAUCAAUGCGUUGUGUUUCGACCUUUCAAAGGUGAGAUUUUGGAAGCUGUUGUUACCAUGGUUAACAAGAUGGGAUUUUUUGCUGAAGCAGGGCCUGUGCAGAUUUUUGUUUCAAAUCAUUUGAUACCAGAUGACAUGGAGUUUCAGUCAGGGGAUGUGCCAAACUAUACAACUUCAGAUGGCUCGGUAUGUAAUAUUUAUUUGCCUCUAUGUUGCUUAAAUCCUCCAAAAAUGCCGCUGCACCCAUGUCGGAUCCUUGAUGACGUCCAAUCCUACUCUCGAU